UCUUUUUCAUUGCCUUGCCUUUGCUUGCGAAUUCUUCCACAGACGGCAAACCACGCACCACUUGUUUCACAAACAAACCAACCAUGGCCGACGACGAUGUGCAGGUUUUCAAGUUCCAGGCUGAGAUCAACCAGCUGAUGUCGCUGAUCAUCAACACGUUCUACUCGAACAAGGAGAUCUUCCUCCGCGAGCUCAUCUCGAACUCGUCGGAUGCUCUCGACAAGAUCCGGUACCAGUCGCUGACGGACCGCGAGGCACUGGCGACCGAGGCCGAGCUUAAGAUCGAGCUCAUCCCGGACAAGGCCAACAACACGCUGACGAUCCAGGACUCUGGCAUCGGCAUGACCAAGGCUGACCUUGUGCAGAACCUGGGCACGAUCGCGCGGUCGGGCACCAAGAACUUCAUGGAGGCGCUGCAGGCCGGCGCUGACGUGUCGAUGAUCGGCCAGUUCGGUGUCGGUUUCUACUCGGCGUACCUCGUUGCCGACCGCGUGACGGUUGUGACGAAGAACAACGACGAUGACCAGUACAUCUGGGAGUCUGCUGCCGGCGGCUCGUUCACCAUCAAGCGUGAUACCGAGGGCCCGUUCAUCGGCCGCGGCACCAAGAUCAUCCUGCACCUCAAGGACGACCAGCAGGACUUCCUCGAGGAGCGCAAGAUCAAGGACCUCGUCAAGAAGCACUCUGAGUUCAUCGGCUACCCGAUCAAGCUCUGGGUCGAGAAGGAGAAGGAGGAGGAGGUGACCGACGACGAGGCGUCCGACGACGAGGCCGAGGAGAAGAAGGAGGGUGACGAGCCCAAGAUCCAGGACCUCGACGACGACGACGACGACGAGGCCGGCAAGAAGAAGAAGACCAAGACGGUGAAGACUGUGGAGACCGAGUUUGAGCUCCUCAACCAGAACAAGCCGAUCUGGACCAAGAAGCCGGACGAGAUCACCAAGGACGAGUACGCCUCGUUCUACAAGUCGCUCACCAACGACUGGGAGGAGCACCUGUCGGUCAAGCACUUUUCGGUGGAGGGCCAGCUCGAGUUCACGGCCAUGCUCUUUGUGCCGAAGCGCGCGCCGUUCGACCUCUUCGAGCCGAGCAAGAAGCAGAACAACAUCAAGCUCUACGUCCGCCGCGUCUUUAUCAUGGACAACUGCGAGGAGCUCAUCCCCGAGUGGCUCAACUUUGUCAAGGGCGUCGUCGACUCUGAGGACCUCCCGCUCAACAUCUCGCGCGAGACGCUGCAGCAGAACAAGAUCCUCAAGGUCAUCCGCAAGAACAUCGUCAAGAAGUGCAUUGAGAUGUUCGGCGAGCUCGCUGAGUCGGAGGACCCCGAGGACUUUAAGAAGUUCUACGAGGCCUUCUCCAAGCACAUCAAGCUUGGCAUCCACUCGGACUCGGCGAACCGCGCCAAGCUCGCCAACCUGCUCCGCUACUACUCGACCAAGUCGGGUGAGGAGUGGACCUCGCUCAAGGACUACGUCACCCGCAUGAAGGAGGGCCAGAACUCGAUCUACUACAUCACCGGCGAGUCGCGCGCCGCAGUCGAGAACUCGCCGUUCAUCGAGCGCCUCCGCAAGAAGGACCUCGAGGUUCUCUUCCUUGUCGACCCGAUCGACGAGUACGCUGUCCAGCAGCUCAAGGAGUACGACGGCAAGAAGCUCGUGUGCGUCACCAAGGAGGGUCUUGAGAUCGACGAGACCGAGGACGAGAAGAAGUCGUGGGAGGAGGCCAAGGCCAAGGCCGAGGGCCUCUGCACCUUCAUCAAGGAGGUGCUCGGCGACAAGGUCGAGAAGGUCGUCUGCUCCAAGCGUGUCGUUGAGUCGCCGCUUGUCCUCGUCACCGGCCAGCACGGCUGGUCGUCGAACAUGUCGCGCCUCAUGAAGGCCCAGGCCCUCCGCGACACCUCGAUGUCGUCGUACAUGGAGCCGAAGAAGAUCUGCGAGAUCAACCCGACCAACUCGAUCAUCGUCGCCCUCCGCGACCGCGUCGACGCCGACCGCAACGACCGCACCGCCAAGGACCUCAUCGACCUGCUCUUCCAGACCGCGCUCCUCACCUCGGGCUUCACCCUCGACGACUCGGCUGGCUUUGCCAAGAAGAUCGCCGGCAUGGUCAAGCUCGGCCUCUCCAUCGACGACGACGACGACGAUGUUGUCGACGACGACGUCCCCGACCUUGAGGAGGACGACCUCGACGACGCCGGUUCGUUCGAGGCUGUUGACUAGAUAGUUUUGUCUGUGAAACACAACCUGCCUACAUACA